AUGAACUCAAACUUCUUACGUCGUUUACGAACUGCUAAAUCGUUAAACGCUGUACUUACUGAUCGGUUGGGCGGUCGUCAAUCAAAAAAACUUGUCAUAGAUUAUUCUAGUCCGAAUAUCGCAAAGCAGUUUCAUAUAGGAAAUCUACGAUCGACAUUAAUCGGUAGAUAUCUUGAUAAGGUUCAUCGUGCUAUUGGUGAUGACGUGACCACAGUGAACUACCUCGGUGACUGGGGUACGCAAUUUGCGAUGAUUUCUACAUACUGGCCACAGGUGCGGCCAUCGGAUUCAUAUUGGAACUCAUGUGGUGAUGUUGACAAAAUUCGAGCCCUGACUGAUUGUUACGUUGUUGCAAACAGAAAAGGGAAGGUGGAUGAGAAUUUCAGGGAGAAGGUUCGCGAAACAUACGCAGAAAUGGAGAACAGCAUAGCGACGUAUGUGCCAUUCAUAUUCAAAGUCACGAAGGAAGUGGGAAAUGUAGAUUUUUACAGAGGAGACUUAUCCUCUCCAACUAUGCAACUGUGGCGGGACAUUCGAGAGCUUUCCGAACGACAUUUGAACCAUUUCUACUCCAUGUUGAACAUUGAAUUCGAUAGGUUCGCUUUGAGCUUUAUUUUUUCUCAUAACUACAUAUUCUGGAUCUGUUAG